AUGAUUGACAAAAAGUUGUCAUUUUAUUCAAAAAACUUCAUGCCACUAAAAGAUCUCUAUUUUAGAAUAUUAGAAGAUUUCAAAAUCGAAGAUAUCACAAAAAUUCUUCCAAACAAGUUGUAUUUCGAGCCUGAAGAACUGAAAAGUAUUGAAUACCCAUUUGAACCUUCUUCUCUCGAAGACAUUAUCUUUAGAGAUGAUUUGCAAAGUUUGAUUUCCGCCACUGAUUUACAAGGUUUCAAUUUUAAUCAGCAUUUAGGUCGAACAUUGUUAAUCGACUUUGCUGCUUCAAAAGGAUCUGUCGAGUGCUUCAAGUUUAUUUUUCUAAACCAAGCUGCAGUUUGGGAAUCAACUCUUGAAAAAUCAUUUGAAGGAGGAAACCUCGAAAUCAUCAACAUAUGCGAACAAAAGAUUCAAAUAACACCCGGAUGCAUGGAUCAAGCCAUCAUGCACCAUCAGGACGAACUUGUACGCUAUUUGGUGGAUAAAUAUCAGCUUUCUUGGACAUGGAUUUCAACAAUGUUUAAUUAUAAUUACAAGUUGUUUUUCGAAAAAUUGGCGAUGUGUGAAGACAUCUAUGAAACAGAUAUUCACGGAGAUAAUUGUAUGUUUGCAGCUUCAUUUCAUUUGCAACUUGAGUUAAUGAAAUUCUUAAUUAAUAAAGGUUAUGACGCAGAUAAUUCGAAAUUAAUGUCUAAAGCACCUCCAAUUAUUUAUGCUAUAUGUGAGAAAAGAAUUGAUAUUGUUAAGUAUCUUUUAGAUCAUGGCGCUGAAGCUGAAAACAAAAAUACUGUAUUAACAAAUUUGACAUCAGCCAUUUAUAUUAAUGAUUUCGAUAUAACUAAACUACUUAUUGAGCAUAGUGCGGAUAUAAAUCGUCUAAAUGCUGAAGGUUCUACCCCUUUAAACGCGGCAAUUGAAUAUUCAUCUAUUGAUGUAGUUGAACUUCUCCUUUCAAAUGGAGCUGAUUCAAAUGUAUCAGAUCUUAAAUGGAACUCGCCUUUAGAUUGCGCUAUUCAUAAAAAUAAUUUGGAUAUAAUAAAAUUGCUCAUCAAAUAUGGAGCAAAUGUCAAUAGCACUCAUAUAGAGCACGCUAUUCAAGAAGGAAAUGAUGAAAUUAUUAACUUUUUACGGCCACCUCCUCCCGAAGAAAUUGUUGAAAAUAAUGAAAAUUGA